UUGACUGCGCAUGCGCUUUACACAGCCAGCAAGGCGACGCAACGGUCCUACUCCCAGAAGAAAAGUAGGAAUCAAAACAGAGGAGUGCCUUUACAUAGUAAUGCUUUCUGUUGUUAUUUUUAAUCUACUUUCAUAACUACCUCCACAAAGCAUUGAAGAUAUUGACACAGACAAAGAAAUAAUCAAGAAAGCGUCGAAACUCUUACUUCAGUUUCGCAUUCAGACGCAAGCUACUAACUAGCGUAACAACAACCCAAGAUCAGCUCAAUGGCUACAGCAUGUGUGUCCAAGGUGGAGCUGACAGUCUCCUGUGAAAACCUGCUAGACAUGGAUGUGGGCUCCAAGUCAGACCCGCUGUGUGUCCUGCUCAUGAACACAUCUGGAAACCAGUGGUUUGAGGUCGACCGCACAGAGAGAGUCAAAAACUGCCUGAACCCAAAAUUCGCCAAGAAGUUUGUGGUCGAUUACCACUUUGAGAUCGUUCAGAAGCUCCGAUUUGCCGUUUAUGAUAUUGACAAUAAAACCAUUGAUUUAAGUGAUGACGACUUCCUGGGCGAGUUGGAGUGUUCGUUGGGUCAGAUUGUUUCCAGUAGCAGACUGUCAAGACCUUUGCUGCUGAAGAACAAAAAACCUGCAGGGAAAGGAGUGAUUAUGAUUAGUGCAGAGGAAAUCAAGGACAACAGAGUUGUAAACUUUGAAGUGGAGGCCAGAAAACUGGACAAUAAGGAUUUCUUUGGAAAAUCAGACCCAUUCCUCGAAUUUUACAGGCAGACGGAAACAGGCUGGCAGCUUGCUCACAGAACUGAGGUGGUGAAGAAUAAUUUGAAUCCUUGCUGGAGGCCUUUUAAAAUUCCUCUACGCUCUCUCUGUGCAGGCGACAUGGAGAAACCAAUCAAGGUGGAGUGUCAUGAUUACGACAACGAUGGAUCUCAUGAUUUGAUUGGGAUUUUUGAGACCAACAUGAAGCGUCUUGAAGCGGCUUCUCGCUCGGCUCCGGCGGAGUUUGAGUGUAUAAACAGCAAGAAGAAACAGAAGAAGAAGAGUUAUAAGAACUCUGGAGUCGUGAGUGUGAAAGUUUGUCAGAUUACUAGGGAGUACACCUUUCUAGACUACAUCAUGGGAGGCUGCCAGAUAAAUUUCACUGUGGGCAUAGACUUCACAGGGUCUAAUGGAGAUCCCAGGUCACCAGAUUCUUUACAUUACAUCAGUCCUCAAGGUGUGAAUGAAUAUCUGUCAGCCAUCUGGUCAGUCGGCCUUGUGGUUCAGGACUACGACAGUGAUAAAAUGUUUCCGGCGUUUGGAUUUGGCGCUCAGAUUCCACCUUCAUGGCAGGUGUCUCAUGAGUUUCCUCUCAACUUCAAUCCUACAAAUCCAUUCUGUGCAGGUGUGGAAGGUGUGAUUGAGGCCUACAGGAUGUGCCUUCCUCAGGUCAAACUUUACGGCCCUACCAACUUUGCUCCUAUCAUCAACCAUAUGGCUCGUUUUGCACAGCAGGCGUUACAGCAGAAAACGGCAUCGCAAUACUUCGUCCUGCUGAUCAUAACAGACGGAGUGAUCACUGAUAUGGAUCAGACGCGUGGGGCCAUAGUUGCUGCCUCACGCUUGCCCAUGUCCAUCAUCAUCGUCGGCGUAGGAAAAGCUGAUUUUACAGACAUGGAGAUUCUGGAUGGAGACGACGGACGAUUGAAGUCUGUCACUGGAGAACCGGCCGUACGAGACAUCGUGCAGUUUGUGCCCUUUAGAAAGUUCCAGAACUCUCCAAAGGAGGAACUUGCCAAAUGUGUCCUGGCAGAGGUUCCUGGUCAGGUCGUUACCUUCUUCAACAUGAUGAAGUAUCCCCCUCCUAACUCAAACACUCCAGUGGAUGCUUCAAAUGGGGUGAAAAACUGACCGGCCCAAUUCCUUGCUUCAUACCGCAUGCAACUGGACGACAAGUGUAGGCUUUCUUAAAGAGGUAGACCACUAGACGAAUUAGGUUUGGUUUUAGAGCAUUAUAUAUUUAUUUACAUGAUUUCAUGUGCCAAAUGACCAUGGAACGAUCUAUUACGGAUUUCGUUUGGACUUAAGAGCCACUAAAAGAAGACACGCUAGAUCAGGGGGGUCCAAACUCGAUCCUGGAGAACCGGUGUCCUGCAUAUUUUUGCUCCAACAUCCUUCAACACACCGGCCUGGAAGUUUCUAGUAGACCUAGAAAGAGCUUGAUUAGCUAGUUCAGGUGUGUUUAAUUGGGGUUGGCACUAAAAUAUGCAGGACACCCGCCCUCCAGGACCGAGUUUGGACACCGCUGCCCUAGACAAAAGAAUAGAAAGGAAAUCAUGUUAAUGUUGCAGGUGAGAUCUAUUGAAUAGUAUGAAGGCAUUUUAAAAUUAUGGUGAGUUUCAUUCCUUUUUACAAAAUUGUUUACAGUUAGCAUGAUUUAGAAACUGUCAGUAUCAUAACACGUUCCUGUAGACCAUUUUUUAUAUCUAUAAAUAUGAUUUUUUUUUAAAUCAGUGCCUCAUAAAGCUAUAUUGACGUGUCACAUUUAUGCAAUGAUGUGCCUUAUUGUUUAAGUAGCGUUUUCUGUAUAUAAACCUGUGCCUAUAUAUGUUUGAUUUAAAUUUAUGGAGAAUCAAUUUGCAGCUUUUUACAUGCCAAUUUUUUUAUGUUUGACCACAUAUACCUGCGAUCACUAAGAAAUGGUGCUGCUCAGAUGUCAAUUUGUAUGUAUAAAUCAAAGCCAUAAGAGAUACUGACGUCUGGUUGGUUAGUGUUCCUGAGUUGUGCCUGAAUAUGGUAAUAGUAAUCAUAAUACUCAAUCAGUAUUGAAUGUUCAGAGGUGCACAAAGAAAUUUAAUUUGGUCACCAUACCAGCCCAUUUUACUGGUUAUAGGCUAAGAGGAAUAUAAUAGAUGAUCUCAACUACAUUUAAAUUGCAGCUAUUUUUCUAUUAUUUUCAUUAGACAUCUUUGUGUUGGCAUGGUUACAUAUUAAUGUAAUGUCUUUAACUCGUCAUUGUUUUGCUGAUGUACAGCCUGUAGCAUGCCUUGUUCCCCAUACAGUAAAUAAAUCACCAAAACAAAGCGUU